CAACUCAUAUGGCCCAUUUCUUGUCAACUCAAUAGGUCCAUAUUGAUGUGAUUUCUACAAUUUCAUCCCUCCAUUUUCACCUGCUUCCUUCAACCUUUGUUUAAACUCUCCAUAUUUCUCACACAUUUAGGCUUACACACAAACAGAUCAAUAUUCUCGAUCUAUUUCAAUUCCUCUCUAGCCAUGUCAAGUAGUGAUCAUAGAGGCAAAGAUUUGGCUGAGGGAUCAUCAAGAUCCCCAGGAGAUCAAUCAAUAACAACACCUAGUCGAUACGAGUCCCAAAAACGACGAGAUUGGAAUACUUUUAAUCAGUACUUGAGGAAUCAGAGGCAACCAAUUCCGCUAUCUCAGUGCAAUAGCAACCACAUACUAGAGUUUCUUCGGUACCUGGACCAGUUUGGAAAGACUAAGGUUCAUUUACAAGGUUGUAUGUUCUAUGGACAACCCGAGCCACCAGCUCCUUGUACUUGUCCACUCAGACAAGCUUGGGGUAGCCUCGAUGCACUCAUCGGUAGGCUUCGAGCCGCCUACGAAGAAAAUGGCGGCUCGCCUGAGACGAAUCCAUUUGCUAGCACAGCGAUUCGUGUGUAUCUUAGGGAAGUGAAAGAGUGUCAAGCUAAGGCCCGUGGCAUUGCGUAUAAGAAGAAACAAAAGAAGGCUAGCCCUAACAAAGGAGAUGAUGAUUCCAGUUCUGCAGGUUUCCUCUCAUUUUCUUGAUCCACUAAUACAGUUAUUGCCUAGUGCCUCCCCCUCGAAAUUGGAUCUUGCAGAAGGUAGAAGGAAUUUGCCACUAAUUAGGAGUGGAAUUUUUUAUCAACUAUUAAGUCGGAUCACAUUUGUAAUAGCUAUAUAUAUAUAGCAGAAUUCAAAGAGCUGUUUUGUGAAUUCUAAAUCAUUUCUUGUAAGAUCAUAUAUACUCUUUGUACAAGUAAGUUUUCCUACUUUUUAGUAGGCACCUUUUAUGUAUUGUGGAUUCAAAUCCAACUACUUGAUAUUUUGAUC